UGGACUUCAAUAUGGCGCCUAAGGACAAGAAGCCUAAGAGGGCAGCCUGGAAAUUUAAUUUGGAUCUUACUCAUCCUGUAGAAGAUGGAAUUUUUGAUUCUGGAAAUUUUGAACAGUUUCUACGGGAGAAGGUUAAAGUCAAUGGAAAAACGGGAAAUCUCGGGAAUGUAGUUCACAUUGAACGCUUCAAGAACAAAAUCACUGUUGUUUCUGAGAAACAGUUCUCUAAAAGGUAUUUAAAAUAUCUUACAAAGAAAUAUCUUAAGAAGAAUAAUCUUCGUGAUUGGCUUCGAGUAGUUGCAUCUGACAAGGAGACUUAUGAACUUCGCUACUUCCAAAUUAGUCAAGAUGAAGAUGGAUCUGAAUCUGAGGAUUAGAUGGAGUCUUCUCAUAUAAGGCUUAUUAUUGGUGUUUUAAAAUGAAAGCCAAAGAAAUAGAAAUGGACUUGUGGUUUGUUGGUGAAUAAAAGAUAUACUUGGAA